AUGUCAUCAGUGAAGAUCGAGUGCAUUGCCAGCGAGGGCUACCGCAUUGGGGAGUCGCCCGUCUGGGACGAGCGGGAGAGCGCUCUCCUCUGCGUGGACAUCACCGGGAGGAAGGUGUGCCGCUGGAGCUCGCUCACCAAGCAGGUGCAGGCCAUCGCUGUGGAUGCUCCUGUGAGCUCGGUGGCUCUCCGUAAAUCUGGGGAUUAUGUCAUCACCCUGGGAACCAGGUUUGCUGCUUUGAAAUGGAAAGAGCAGCUGGUAACCACGAUUACUCAUGUGGACAAGGAUAAGCCAAACAACCGAUUCAAUGAUGGAAAAGUGGAUCCUGCAGGGCGGUAUUUUGCAGGUACGAUGGCUGAGGAGAUUCGACCUGCCGUGCUGGAAAGACGCCAGGGCUCUCUGUAUACACUCUUCUCUGACCUCUCAGUGGUGAAGCACUUUGAUCAGGUGGACAUUUCUAACGGGCUGGACUGGUCGUUGGAUCACAAAACCUUCUUUUACAUUGACAGUUUGUCCUACUCAGUGGAUGCCUUUGAUUAUGAACUCCAAACUGGAAAAAUUGGCAACCGUAGGAGUAUAUACAAACUGGAAAAAGAGGAAAGCAUUCCUGAUGGGAUGUGCAUUGAUACAGAAGGCAAACUCUGGGUAGCUUGUUAUGACGGUGGGAGAGUGAUUCGUCUUGACCCUGAGACGGGUAAAAGACUCCAGACUGUGAAACUUCCUGUUGACAAGACAACUUCCUGCUGUUUUGGAGGAAAGGAUUAUUCAGAAAUGUAUGUGACUUCUGCCAGUGAUGGGAUGGAUAAAGAUUGGCUUUCACGGCAGCCGCAGGCUGGUGGGGUCUUCAAGAUAACUGGGUUAGGGGUGAAAGGAGUCCCACCUUAUCCAUUUGCAGGUUAA